AUGGAAGAACAGCAGCCGGAACCUAAAAGUCAGCGCGACUCGGGCCUCGGCGCGGCGGCGGUGGCGGCGGCCCCGGGCAGCCUGAGCCUGAGCCUGAGCCCCGGCGCCAGCGGCAGCAGCGGCAGCGAUGGAGACAGCGUGCCCGUGUCCCCGCAGCCCGCGCCCCCCUCGCCGCCCGCGGCGCCCUGCCUGCCGCCCCUGGCCCACCACCCUCACCUCCCCCCGCACCCCCCGCCCCCGCCGCCGCCGCCGCAGCAUCUCGCGGCGCCUGCUCACCAGCCGCAGCCCGCGGCCCAGCUGCACCGCACCACCAACUUUUUCAUCGACAACAUCCUGAGGCCGGACUUCGGCUGCAAAAAGGAGCAGCCGCCGCCGCAGCUCCUGGUGGCGGCGGCGGCCGGAGGAGGCGCAGGAGGAGGCCGGGUCGAGCGUGACAGAGGCCAGACCGGCACAGGUAGAGACCCUGUCCACCCGCUGGGCACGCGGGCGCCGGGCGCCGCCUCGCUCCUAUGCGCCCCGGACGUGAACUGUGGCCCACCCGACGGCUCUUCGCCAGCCGCCGGCGGCGGUGCGGGUGCGUCUAAAGCCGGGAACCCGGCGGCGGCGGCGGCCGCGGCGGCCGUGGCGGCGGCGGCCGCGGCGGCCGCGGCGGCCAAGCCUUCGGACAGCGGCGGCGGCAGUGGAGGCGGCGUGGGGAGCCCUAGUGCGCAGGGUGCCAAGUACCCGGAGCAUGGCAACCCCGCCAUCCUGCUUAUGGGCUCAGCCAACGGCGGGCCCGUGGUCAAAACUGACUCGCAGCAGCCCCUCGUAUGGCCCGCCUGGGUGUACUGCACGCGCUACUCGGAUCGCCCGUCCUCUGGUCCGCGCACCAGGAAGCUGAAGAAGAAGAAGAACGAGAAGGAGGACAAGCGGCCGCGGACGGCGUUCACCGCCGAGCAGCUGCAGAGACUCAAGGCGGAGUUCCAGGCGAACCGCUACAUCACGGAGCAGCGGCGGCAGACCCUGGCCCAGGAGCUCAGCCUCAACGAGUCCCAGAUCAAGAUCUGGUUCCAGAACAAGCGCGCCAAGAUCAAGAAAGCCACGGGCAUCAAGAACGGCCUGGCGCUGCACCUCAUGGCGCAGGGACUGUACAACCACUCCACCACCACGGUCCAGGACAAAGACGAGAGCGAGUAG